AUGAUGGCUCGGUUUACGCAACAACCAUUUGAAUUCUACCAAGAAUCCCCCUCAACGCUGGAGUCAAAACCCACAUUCUGCGAAGAAGAUGAGAUGAGUGUGUUGGACGACAAGAUCCUCGACUCUACACCAGAUGUAGCGGGCAUAUCCGAUCCUCGACGGUCGUCGUAUGAUCAACAUACGGAUGCUCUUUCCUACCGAGAAUCAGUUUGGGGUGACUUUGCACAUCAGCAACAGCAACAACAUCAAUCACAUGUUGCACCGUCACUGCAUCCUGAGGCUUCCCGGCAAGAUUCGCAUGUGCCUGCAUCCAUACCCAUAUACGACUCAAGCAAUCAAUUCAUGCGGUUAGAUACUGCACAGACCAAUGCUGCCUACGCACAACAAAGCGCUUGGCCCAUGUCCCGAGGUUCUGGUUCGUGUACGCCCACACCUGUAUAUGAUCAGUUCGCGCAAGACUACGAUGCAAGUUCUGCCGGCGCGUUCUCUGGUGGUGCCGUCGGACCCGUCUCAGCCAUCAACUUCGGUCAAAUGUCCUCCUAUAGAGCAAAUCUGUUCGGCGCUCCCGGCAGUGUAGCUAUGUCUCCGCAGUCGAGUCAGGGCUGGAUGCAGACAGGCGAGAUGGUGGAUGGACGACCAGCCCGAAGCCCUACGUAUCGAACAGACUCGAAUCUUCAUCUUCGUCGCGACGGUAUCCGGAAGAAGAACGCUAGAUUUGAGAUUCCCGCCGAGCGGACCCUGAGCAACAUCGAUCAGUUGAUUUCACAGUCGACAAAUGAAGAAGAAAUCAAGGAACUUAAGCAGCAGAAGCGUCUCCUCCGAAAUAGACAAGCAGCACUCGACUCCCGCCAACGAAAAAAACUUCACACUGAGAAACUGGAAGAGGAAAAGAAACAGUUCACUACCGUCAUAACCGAUCUCGAAGAAGCCUUGCAUAGCAUGAAAAUUCGUGAAGGCGAGCUGCUCCGGGAAAAGGCUGAAUGGUUGACGACUCAACAACAGUAUUCACAGUGGAUUGAAGGUCUACGAAUGGAAAAAGACGAACUCAUCCGUGUCCACACUUUGGAGACCGCGGAAUUGCGGAAGAAGAAUAACAUUCUUCGUGAGACCAUGGAGAAGAUGGAGCAACAAUUCAAGUCGAUGGGACACCAGCAAUCGAAUGCCUUUGCUACAAAUGGAUACAACGACUUUGAGAGUCUGCCCAUGGAAAGCGGUCAUUGGGAUGAACUGUCUCUGGUUAACAAUAUCUCCCUUGAGGCUGAGUGUUUGAGUGCGCCAGUGGUUGAUGCUAAUUCCGGCAACAACAACGGCCAUGAUAACAUGACAGCUCUUGUUCCCAUCAAGAACGAGAAAGCCGAGAAGUUGUUUAACAACCAGAACAGCGACUACCCCUUUAGCUGGAACGCAUUCUAUAUGUGUUUGCUAUUUGGCGCCUUCAUCGCAUCGAACAGCAAUUCCCUAUCUUCUCCCGCCGCGCUUCCUCAACUCUCAGACGAAUACCGCGCUGAGUCGGCCAACGUCCUCAAAGCAGUUCUCGCAUCUGCCCCUGCUGACGUGACUUCCUCUGCUAUCCAACAAGCCCAUGGCCCCGUCCAAUCAGGUCUGCCCACCACCAUCUCAGGUGCAGAAAUGGCCCAUUUGACCGGCAGCGCUCACGCUCACGCUCACGCUCAAGCAUCGACACUCGACGAACUCCACAAUAAUCUCGCACUACCCACCAAACAGCAGGAAAACGAACAAGUCUUCGCUCUCAACGCGGAACAAUACAACGCUCUAACCACUUUCCAAGAAGAUGAUCACAACAUGGACUUUGGUGAUAAACCAUCUGGACAACCAUCAAACCUUCAGCAAGCUCUCGCAGCCAUGCGCGGGAAUAAUGAUGGUAGAACUUCAGAGGUUUAUUCGCGAUCAUUGAUGUGGGACCGAGUUCCGGAGAAAGUUGUUCGCGAUUUCCAGCGUAUGGUUCGGGAAUGUGGUGCGACGAAGUGA